GUGAUGGAGAAGAGCCCCAGGGAGCCUGGAACUUCCCACCAAGAUUUUCCUGUGAGCCCAAAGCUCUUCAAGGGACAAACGAAGGCAAUUCUGAAGAGAUUCCCAAACUGCAAGCAGUGUCCUGUGAUCCUGAAGCUUCCCAAAUGACCAACAAAGAAGAACCAGAGAAGCUGCCUAGUCAACCACUAUGUGAUGGAGAAGAAGGAAGCAGUACCUGUUCAGAAGUGUGUGAUGAAGAAGAACCCCAGGAGUCCUUGAGCUCACUACCAAAAAGUGGAGCAGUAUCUGGCAAACUAGAAGCUCUUCAGAUGAAUACAGAAGGAGAUUCUGAGGAGCUAACUUCUAGCCCACCAUCUUAUAAUGGACAAGGAGCAGAGCCACCAACAUUUGGAAAUGAGAAGUGUUCCUGUGUUAUAUGUUUCUCAAAAGAUGUGCCAGGAGGUCCAGAAGGAAGUACUGAAGGUAAAGAAGCUAGUGACAUGAUGGAUACUGUGGAUCUUGGAAACAACUCUACUUUGGGAAAACCCAAGAGGAAAAGAAAAAAAAAGAAAGGGCAUUCCUGGUCAAGAGUAAAAAUGAAACAUCAGAGAAAAAUACCUCAAAAAGACAACAGCAACGCUGCUGGCCAACUGGCCUCGAGUGGAAAGAAGGUGAAAAGGCAUCUGCAGGACCCUGCCAAAAUCAGGAGGAAAAGGAGAGGCAGAGGGAGACUCCACUUAACUCAUAGUGACAGAGCCCCACAGAAAAAAGUUAAGUCAAGAGGGCAAAGAAAACGCAGAUAUGAAAAAGUGGAUUUUCACUCUCGUAUACUUCCUGUGAGCUGUGGUAAGGUGAAGGGGAUGUUACAUAAGAAGAAAUUGAAAGAAGGAGUUUGGGUGAAGUGUAUACAGAGUGAGGAUGGAGACUGGUUCACCCCCAGGGAAUUUGAAAUCAGAGGAGGCCACGAAAGAUCCAAGAACUGGAAGAUAAGUGUUCGCUGCGGUGGGAUGCCCCUACGUUGGCUGAUCGAGAAAAGAUUUCUCCAUAACCCUCCAAGGAAAUAUGGCAGGAUGAGAAAGAAAAGAGUACCGAAGUCUCAUGACAGUACUUUAGAUGACCUUUGUCUGGGAAACUCAGAUGUGUGUGAGACGUGCAGGGAUGGAGGAAAGCUGUUUUGCUGUGAUACUUGUUCGAGAUCUUUUCAUGAGGACUGUCACAUCCCACCUGUGGAAACUGAGAGGGACCUGUGGAGUUGCACCUUCUGCAGGGCAAAGGAGUUUUCAGGAAGCCAGCGAUGUCUCGGGGAAUCUGAGGUCCUGGCAAGGCAGAUGCAGCCCGAGGAGCAGUUGAAAUGUGAGUUCCUCCUCUUGAAGGUCUAUUGUCAUUCAGAGAGCACCUUUUUUGCGAAGAUUCCAUACUACUAUUAUAUUAAAGAGGCUUCUAAAAACCUAAAGGAACCCAUGUGGUUGGACAAGAUCAAGAAGAAGCUGAACGAGCAGGGUUACUCCUAUGUGGAGGGGUUCGUGCAGGACAUGCGCCUCAUCUUUCAGAACCACAGGGCAUCUUACAAGUUCAAUGACUUUGGCCAAAUGGGACUUAGACUGGAGGCCGAAUUUGAGAAGAAUUUCAAGGAAGUGUUCACUACGGGAGACAAACGAGGACAGCUCACUGGAAUAGUGGAUGCUGUUAGUGUCCUGGAAAACCCCUUCUGGAGCAGACUUGUCAUCCCCCAGCCGCAUGGAAGGCUGGCUGCUCGCGCCGCCCCUCCCCAGAGCAUUGCCUUCAGCCAAAUGGAACCAGCUUCACCUAGAGGGUUACCCUUCCUUGGCCUGGGGGCCGGCCUCCAGUGCCAAGGUGGACUCAACCUUGUGUUAUGAUUCAUGCUCCUGUGUUCCCCAUGAGAUCCGGCUGGAGCUAGUCUGUGGCUGUGAUCACAUCCUUGCUUAGCUUUUCCUAUAAUCCUGCUUCCCUCCCUCGUUUCUCCCAAAGAAACUCACAAUAAAUCACUUACUUAAGAGACUUUAUCUCAGGCUCUGCUUCUAGGGAACCCAACUUAAGGUAACGAUCCCAGCAAGCAGGCUGUAAGGGUGGGUUCUGGAUUCGGAUCCCAGUCUGGCCAGAUGGUGAUGGGUGGUAUAUUGAUGGUCCCUGGUGUGCUUUAAUAGUGCUGUUGCCAAACUUUCACCUUUGGGAAACUCGAUGAGAUAAAGAGGAUUUCACUAGCUUUUGGAAUUGGCAUUCACAAAGGGAGAAAUGGUAAAUGGAAUUGUAGAUUUUGGUGGCUAUUGCUAAGUGCCACUGAUAUAUUGAAAAGAAUAAAUGACAGCCUUAAAUCUAUUAGUCAAAGCAAAGACACCCUUACAACUGCAGCUGGAAGGCAGACAAAAGGAAGGCCUGACCCAGGUCCCAGGUUUAAGAGUGGCAGAACACAGGAGAAGACUGCAGCCUAAACUGGGAUGGUCUCCUGUGCCAAAGGCAGCACCCUGGUAAAGAAGGAGUGCAGUCCUGAAUCAGAAUCGGCCUUUCUAGGUAGAUGCAAGUGAGAACCUUGAACUCCAGGUCUCCUUCAACACACAGGGCCUGCAAAAGAAUUCCCUAGCCUUUGUUGGAAGACAGACCCCUCCCCUACCCCAUCCUAAUCUUGCUUGAAUGAAGACUGCAGAGUCCUCCCAGCAUGACCCCACUGAGAAAGUCCUGGGUUGUCCUGCCAGCUGAAGAGAGCAUUUACCCCAGUGGAGCUGCAGGACUGGCCAACAUGUACCAGCAGGUACCAGGAGAUUGUGUCUGGGGGUGGGUCCUGGACAAAGAAGGGGAAUGUGAAACUGGAAAAGGGAAAAUUGUCAACACAGAAGCACUCUCCUGUGUCAAGAAGUUUAAUUAGCCUGGCGAGGGCCAAAGGGGAUGAAUCCAGUAUGCUCCUGGCUGGCUCUUAAAUGCUUAUAUAUAUAUAUAUUUUUUCUAUUCCUUUAAUUUUGGAAUAAAAAUGGCUGGUCACUAAACU